UGUUGACGGAUCACGUAUAUAUACGCUGGGAGGAUCCGCCGCACUUACACUACUGCAGCGGACACUGCAUCAUGAGGACCUUGGUAAUAUUGGUGUCUUGUCUGUGUGGCUUGGCAAUGAGCCAGAGGCGGUUAGCCAAACCCAUCCCUCUAGGCUUCAACCCUAACCCCUACUCCCCUCAGUACAGUCCUAAACCACCUGCCCCUACGGUUCCUACUCAGUAUGACCCAGAACCGGCUCAGCAGUACGAUCCAUCUGCCAACUCCGUGGCGUACUCUACUCCCGCGCCGUUCAGCGUGGCCCCCCGACAGAACUACGACAGCAACUCAGUCAGGAAUAAGGACUACGUCACCCCCAUCCCCAUCAUCAGAUUUGACAAGGAACAAAGCAUCGACGGCAGUUACCGUGCCAGCUAUGAGACCGGAAACAACAUUGUAGCAGAGGAAACAGGUUUCCUGAAGAACGUCGGGGUAAAGGACCAGGAGGCGCUGGUACAACACGGUAGCUACUCCUACACUUCCCCUGACGGUACAGUUAUCACCGUCACCUACACUGCUGAUGAGGGUGGCUUUAGAGCGGAGGGUGCGCAUCUCCCCACACCUCCCCCCGUGCCUGAGGAGAUACAGAAGUCGCUUGAUCUCAUCUAUGAGAAUAUCAGGUUACAACAGGAAGCCGCAGCGAAAGAUCCAAAACUCUACAAAGCACUUCAAGAGCAAGAAGAGGGAUUCGCCGAUAAUUACCCUCAAAAUUAUAGAUAGUCCUUUAAUGUGAUUAAAUAAUUAAUUUAUGUUGACUGUUAUUCUGUGAAUAGUGUGUAAGUAAUAAAUGUACAAAUUUUAAAAGCUA